UCUACUUUCUUUAAUGUUUUAUUUCACCUAUUUUUCUCUAUCUUCAGCAGUCCCAACUGUUCCUGCCUUUGAUUUUUACUAUAUUCUCUCUUUUCAUCCUUCGAUUUAGGGUUUUUCUCUUUCUUUCUUGUACUUGUUCUUUUCUCUCUCGUCCAUUUUUUCGUUGAUGGUUCGGGAGAGAAGUUGAAGUGCAUUUAUUGUUGAUCAAAAUGAACAAUGGCGAUUUUUCCAGUUGAGAAAUGACAGUUUAUGUUGAUGGAGUGUUUUAGUGCUUGUAAUUUGCAGAUUGCAUGCUGAGCAAUACUUUUAGGUUCCCAGAUUCGGUGUUAAACCUCCUUAGUUGAGUGAAACAGGCUAUAGCAGCUGGUCAAAAAGUAACAUUUACUAACUGUGACAAUCAAUAUAUUUGGAUUUGGAAUGGAUGAAAAUGGGCAUCGUGAAAACGGAAGGCAUAAACCUGAAAUGUAUAAACCUGCGCAUAGUCAGUGGCUGAUGUCGCAGUCACAGUCGAUGAAGCAAAUUAUGUCUAUUAUGGCUGAAAGAGAUGCUGCAAUGCAAGAGAGGAUUAUGGCCAUCAAUGAGAAGAACAAGGCCCUAGAAGAGAGAGACAUGGCAAUAAUGCAGCGUGACACUGCCAUUCAAGAAAGAAAUGAGGCCAUAAUGGAGCGGGAUAAUGCACUGGCUGCACUCCAGUAUCGAGAGAAUCCUAUGAAUGGUGGAAGUAGCACUUGCACAUCCAGUUGCCAAAUUUCACGUGGUCUAAAACACAUGCACCAUCCUCAACCGCAUAUACAACAUCCUCUACAUCUAGGUGAACCUUCUUAUGAUGGGAGAGAAGAUCAGGUAACCGAUGCCCUCCCUCUGACAACUGUACCCUCAGAGACCACAAAGGCACGGAAAGUUAAACGGCUGAAAGAAUCUAAUGCAGCAUCCCCCAACAAGACAUCAAAAGCGGGACGCAAGGGUAAGAAAGAAGGCGAAGACUUGAAUAAGAUUAUGUUCUCCAAGUGUCAAGAGUGGAAGGGAAUGGAGGAUAUGAGUGGAAGUGAUAGCUAUAAGCAACUGGGUGGACCUAAAGCUGACUGGAAAGGCCCCGAUCUCGGAUUGAACCAAGUAGCAUUUGACGAGUCAACAAUGCCUCCACCUGUUUGUUCAUGUACUGGAGUUUAUCGACAGUGCUACAAGUGGGGCAAUGGAGGAUGGCAGUCUUCAUGCUGUACGACAACAAUAUCUAUGUACCCAUUACCUGCAGUACCCAACAAACGACAUGCCCGAGUUGGUGGCCGCAAGAUGAGUGGAAGUGCUUUCAGCAAAUUACUGAGUAGGCUUGCUGCAGAUGGCCAUGAUCUUUCGACCCCGGUUGACCUCAAAGAUCACUGGGCUAAACAUGGUACAAAUCGCUACAUCACCAUCAGGUAGUGCAUUAAAAUAAUAGGGGCUUGAAUUGAGAUAGAUGGGGAUUCGAAAUUAGUGAGUAGGUUUGCUCUAUGUUAUCUCCUCCAAGGCAAUUGUUGGCCAUGUUCAGAAGCACUGAGCGUGGUCUAAUCCUGAAGUUCCUGCUGAGCAUAUGAACUGUUUUAAACAAUUGUAAAAGAGAAUGGCCUUUAACUCCACAUCUUGUGAAGUGACACAUGUAAAACAUGUAAGCUAUGUAGUGUUUGAAAGUAUUUUGUAACAUCCUUAGUGAGAUGGAUAUGUUUGGUCAACUUAACAUAAGGGCUUGUUGAAAUAUGUUUGCUCUUCUGAAGAUUUAUAUAAGGCUUAGCCUUGACUUAUGUAAAUUUUGGUCGAAGGUUUAUGGAACUUUUGCACACUUUGAUAAA